UAGCAUUGUCAACCUCUGUUGUGAAUUAGGUUGAGAGAUAGCCCUUAGCUCCAAGUCUCCCAACAAAAUUACGCAACAACAGACAGCAAGCCUGGAAGAUAAGUGACUGAAGGUGGCCAGAUGGCUUUGGAUUGAAAUGAGACUUGCAAUUCGUCAACACAGUUCCUCUCUCUUGGGCGGGCUUUACAGCACAACCAGCUUCUAAUGAGAAAAUAGUUAGAAACUGUAAACUUGGACAUCAUGUGAAGAAGUGGGCAGCUUCUCAAGGGAAAGCUAUCGUGGUGAUGUCAUCUGUUGUUUUGCCUCCUCUCCAGAAAGCUGUGGCCGUAUUUUAAGAGGGGCAGAGAAACAAGAUGCAGGAUUUCCUUUCGCAGAGUCACAGCUCCGUUUGGAGUGCCACUCGCCUUUCUGAAGAACUUUUCAAGAUGAUGUUCAACUCGAGAUGACCAUGAAGAGGUUGAAGCUGCAUGAGAAAUCUCACAACUGAAAUGAGUAAAACAGCAAGGCUCAAAGGAAGUUUCUUUUGAUUUUUGUUGCUAAUUCCUUUCUGCGGUCAUCGUCAUUUCAAAGAAUGGAAACUGCUAGGAGGAGCCAUCCUCUGUCUUCCCUAACUUGAAUCCUGUGUUGAUCCUUUUGAUGAGAGUUUGAGACUUCUGCUAUAUAACUCAUACAGCAUCCUCAGGAGGAACAAUCAUUAUGGCAUCUUAGAAUCAGCAGACAGGAAGGAAGAGAACUUAUUUAAGGCUGGCUCAUCUGGAAAUGAAUGAACGUGCCUGCCAUUCAUACUCCACCCUUUGGCAUAUAACAGACUUUUAACUCCCUGGUUAAAAAUAAUUAUAACUUAGGUUCCUUCCUUAUUUUAACAUUGGUCACUCCUUCACUUCCUCCUUGUGAUUUAAUCCAUGGAGCUUGCAGAAACAAAGAAGCCAGAAAACUGUGCCUUAAAAAAAAAAGAAUUAUGGAUAAGAACAUGGACAGCAGUUUUCUCAACCUCCAGAUGUGUUGGACUUCAAAUCGCACAAGUAGUUCCCAACCAGCCUGGGAAAGGUUGAAGUAAGGGAUCUUCUCAGCCACAACUGUGUUCAGAAAGCCCACUGACCUGAUCAAAAUGCUGGGUGAUAAUUCUUCUGAAAAUUGUUCUGAUACUUCAUUGGGUUUCCAGGCCUCCUUAUAUGCAGCUACUUACGUUAUCAUAUUUAUUCCUGGUCUGGUGGGGAACAGCCUUGCUCUCUGGGUUUUAUGUUGUUUCAUCAGGAAGGAAAGGAAAGCCAUCAUUUUCAUGAUGAAUUUGGCCACUGCUGAUCUGGCUCAUGUCCUCUCCUUGCCUUUGAGGAUGUAUUACUAUAUCAAUCACAGCUGGCCUUUUGGGAGCUUCCUCUGUCAAUUCUGUCUCUACCUGAAGUACCUCAACAUGUACGCAAGCAUCUGCUUCCUCACCUGCAUCAGUAUCCAGAGGUAUCUCUUUCUGCUUCAUCCCUUUCGAACCAACAGCUGGAAAUGCAGACAUGACGUUGCCGUAAGUGCUACCAUCUGGAUAGUGGUAGGGGCUGCUUGCCUAUCCCUCCCAAUCCUAAGAAAUCCUAGCUUAACCAACAACACCAAUACCUGUUUUGCUGACCUUGGAGUAAAACAGAUAACCAAGGGAGACUCCAUACCACUGAUGGUAGUAGCUGAGCUCUCUGGAUUUUUGCUCCCUCUUGUAAUAAUCAUUUAUUGCACGUGGAAAAUGAGACAGUCCCUGAAGGAUCCUCAAGCUCCGUUGCAACAAGCCAGUGAGAAGCAGAAAGCUUGGCGUCUGAUCUUGGGGUGCGCAGCCGUGUUCUUCAUCUGCUUCACUCCCUAUCAUGUGAACUUCCCUGUCUUUAUGAUGGUCAAACAAGGUGUCUUUGGAAGCUGCUUGGUCCGUCACCGAAUUUUGAAUUUCCACGCCAUUUCUUUGUGCCUUGCAAGCCUUAAUUGCUGCUUGGAUCCAAUUCUCUACUAUUUCAUGACAUCAGAGUUUCAGCAAAAGCUAUUCCAACACAGCAGGGCUGCCAUCCUGCACCGGUUCAUCCGCUUAGAGAGCAGUAGGACUGCAGUUUCCACUAUCAAGGAGCAGGAGGAAGGUGGGAAGAAAAAUGAAAAUAUUUUAAUGGCCUAUUUUUGGUCUCUUCGGCCUCAAAGACUUGAAGGUGAUAGCAUGGAGACCCCUCUGUCUUCUUAGCUAAUAAUUGAGUCAUAGAGGUCCAUAUCAGAUAAAUUCCCAUCAUUUGAUUACUCAAUCUUGAUGAUUCUCAGCUGGAUAAAUAGACUUGGAUCUACUGAAAAUGACUGUCUUUGAUUUGUUGAUGAGUGAGGUACAAGUUCCACUCUGGAUGGCUCACAGCAGAUGGUUCAAAGUGGUCAUUGCUUGAUGCAACAACCAAUGAAUUAAGCUUUGGAACCAACCUCUGAUUCUUGAAGUAGGAGCCUAGUUCAUGAUGUGUGCGCUGCAGCCACAGAUAAUGUGAGAGAUUGGGGGUUUGCUUUACAACAAGGCUUAAAAAUAUAUCAGGUGGGUCAGGGAACCUGUGAGAUCCUAAAGGGGAAUCCAUAAGCACACUGGGGUCCACAGACAUCACAUGGGCAAUGUUAAUUUCCUUGAACCCUAGGAAAAGGUUUCCAGGUCAGGUUUGUUUUUUUUUUCUGGGCAAAUGCAUUAAGAACCAAAAGGAACAACACCCUAUAAUAUGGGCAAAUAAAAAAUAGGCUUUGUCAAAUUGCUUACAUGAAUAUAAUGGCUGCAGAUCCAUCAGACAGGCAAGAGAGACUAAAUUAGAAGGGGAAUUAUUUGCAUCACUUUUCAGAACUUGCAACUUGAAAAAAGAAAUAAUCUGGGGAAAUGCAUAUAUAUAUGCAAAGAUAAAAGCACAUGCUGAGGAAAGAAAUGCUUACCAAUCCCCAUGCCCCCCACAUGCAUUCAAGCAUGCAGAAUUAUAUCCCUUCAAGGAAAUAUGCACAAAAUGCAUGUGGUUAGCUGUGCAAACUUUUUCUGCAAAUCUGUAAAUGGCCAUUAUGGUGAGAAAUUUAGAGCAAAUGAAAUUGGCCACUCCCAUUUUUACCACCAUUGCUAGCAAAACUUUCUCACUCCAGUGUUCCAGUUUAGGGAAUCAGUGGUAAGAAAUGAACAGCCCAAACCAAACCAUUUAUUUCUUUCAUUAAUCGUCAUCAGUUAAUCAUCCCUUUUAAUUGUGAUGAGAUGGAACUGCACUAUUCUAAUAUUCUGCAUUUUGUUCUUAGCUCUGAGAUGCCAGGAAGUUGAGAAGGUUAGUGUAAAAAACUGAAAAAAGUGGGGUGGGAAUUUGGUAAGUUUUUGUUUCUCAAAACAACACAAUUUAUUACAAGAAAGGAAAUGACUGUAUUGUUAUGAGAAACAGAAACUUAUCAAAAUUCUGUUUUCCUCUUGAUUAAGAUGUUGGGAGGAAUCUUUGCUUCUUUCCAUAUAAACAAAUGCAAGUGGGAAGCCACAGCAGGGUUGGGUUGCAUUCUUGGAAAAAGAAAGAAAUCAGAAAGAAGGAGUGACAGGCUAGUCAGAUGCCAAAAAAAGGAGAUACUGAGUCAAAUUUGCCAAUGGAUAAAUCCAGCCAUUCCAAUCUGUUACUCUACAGAUCUGUUAGGACUACAUUUUUCACAAAUUUGGAGAUGGAUGGCCACUAAGUAUGAAUUUACAUCAAAACUGGUGGUGGGAGAUACUAUUUAAUAUAUCUUAUGGUAAGCACGGAAUAGAUUCAAACUUCCCAAAUCAGUCUGUGAAAUGGAAUACAGUGUUCAGCGUCCGCAGGUAUGCAGUGCGUACCUU